AAAAAAACCUGGGUUGGGGGGGAGGCGCUGCUUGGCGGAGCGAGGUGGGCGGGCGGCUCCUUUUCCUUUUCUCCGCGUUCCCCUCCUCCUGCUCGAGAGGGGAGUUUCUGGCGCGGCGGCGCCUCCCCCGCGCCUAGUUGUUGUUAUUUGGUUUGACGCGCCUGUCUUUCCCCGCCGGCUCGCCUCGCACAGCGCUGCGUGUCCCCGCUCGGCUCCCCCAGCGAUGCGCGCAGGCCGAGAGGCACUCGGGCGCUGACGAUCUUCAUUCGACGGCCGCGGACCUUUUCCUCCAGCGGCAGUAGCAGCAGCAGCAGCCGGAGCCGGGCGUGGAGGGCUCUCCCUGGGCCCCGGCAGGAUGUACACGGCCGGCCUGGCGCCCUUUUACGCCUCCAACUUCAGCCUGUGGUCGGCGGCUUACUGCGCCCCGUCGGGGCCCGGCUGCUUCCCGCUGGAUCCGUCGGGGCUCAAGAAACCUUCCUUCUGCAUCGCGGACAUUCUGCACGCCGCCGCCGCCGCCAGCGCCGCCGGGGAGGCGUCGUCGGUGGACGGGCUGCCCGGAGCGCCCGCGCUGGCCGCGCACCUGGGGGCCGUGCAUGCCCACUCGCAAUUCCACGCCGCGGCCUCCCCGCUCCGGCCCACGCCCCUGGUGGCCCCCGACGGGGCCGUCGCCUUCCCCGCCCGCCUGUCGCCUCUCUCCGCUGCUUUCCACCACCCUCACCCGCAGCAGCAGCAGCACCGCUCUCCCGGAGGAGGCAGGGGCCCCAGCCACCAGACUCAUCCCGGCUCGGCGCCCGCGCCCUCCAGCAAAGACUUGAAGUUUGGGAUUGACCGCAUUUUAUCCGCCGAGUUUGACCCGAAACUCAAGGAGAGCAACACGCUGAGAGGUAGAGAGAAAGCCGAGGGUUUAUUUUGUUUUAUUUUUUAAAUCCCCAUCCUCUUCCCCAUCCCCACCCCACUGGUGAAUUUAAGGAGUCCUGCUUCUGAAGCAGGAAAGGGGGUUUGUGCGGAUUGACAGGGAACCCUCAUUCAUUCCAAUGGACGUUGAGCGCAAUUUCGCCGUCGAUCGUGCUCAUAGCUGUAUCGAUCUCGUGCGUGUGUCUCUGUUUGUAUAAAAAUGCAUGACUCUAUGGAUAAUUAAAUAGGGAGGCAGUGAGACAGAUAGGCAAGCCCCUCCGAUUUCGGAGUUUGAUUCCUGGAAUUAUAUGUAUGGAAAUAUUAAAUGAUAGCCAUGUCCACAAUUUAAAAGAUUCGUGCCUUAGAAGAAUAACAAGAAAAGUUGGCAUAACUGUCAACUUUUCCCUUUUCUUGCGAGGAAUCCUAUUCGGAAUAAGGGAAUUUCCCUUUAAAAAAGGGGAAAGUUGACAGCUAUGCAGCCCGGUUCAGCUCCUGGCAUUUCAGGGCCCCUGGAGAAGGGCUGUGGUGGGUACCCUAGCCAGGAAGGCGAGCGUUAUUUCGCCCCUGCCCUUCAUGUGGCUCCCCCCCGGGGGGGGCAUCUGAGUUGACCACGGUGGGCUGGAUUGUCCUUUGGUCUGAUCCGGCUGGGCGCUUCUAAUGUUCUCAAGAGAAAUGGUGAUUCUGGCGUCCUUCACCAGUUCGUGGAUAGGUAGGUGCAACCCCGAGUAUUUGCGCUGGGUGAAACGUAAAUUUCAUCGCGUAAUCGACGUGCUCUUCGGGUGGGGAAGGAACCCAGCGCCUUCAUAUUUGUGCUGGUUGUUGCUCAACGGAGCGCCCAGUUGAGCAAUCGACUUGCCUAAAUGUUUCAGAAAGCAGCAGCAGCAGCAGCAACAAACAGAGGCCGCCAGCCUCCCCAUUCCGGCACGUAUUUACUUGGAAGUAAGUUUCUUGGAUUUCGACAUUGCAGUGAAAGCAUGCUUAAGCUCACUUUCUUUUGAAACCAGUGCGAAUAAAUAAUCGACGUAUUUCUUUGGUCCCAUCCCCAAACAACCUCAAUUUUGGGAUUAAUCUUUGGGGCAGUGGGGUCUGGGCGAGAGAGAAAAUGACCUUGGGGGCAUAUCCAGUCCAAAGACUGCCAACUCUAGCCUGGAGGCCUGGGGCACUGGAUGGAAAUAAUAUCCCAUUGCAGUCAGGGCUAAAUAUUCCCAUUGAUGCGAACAAGCAGGAACUGUACCCAAGGUGGUUUCACUUCUCCAUUUGGUAAAUGGGUCGUCAACGCUUGAAUUCCGAGGGUGACUCACAGACAGACCUCUUCCCUUCCAGUGGGAUUUUUGAGAGCCCCCCCCUAAGUCAUUAUUGGUGCUGCUGUUGUUAUUGUUGUUAUUCUCUCUCGGAACCAUGCCAGAUCCACUCCAUAGCUAAGGCAGAUCGGUUGGAUCAAAACUCAGUGGGCCCCAAAUCUUCCUCUACACGCUUGGCUAAAAAAUAAAAAUCCCUUGACCCCAACGGAACUUCUCUGCCAAGUCAAUGUGUUCGCCAUUCCCUUCGGACAUAAAUCCAAGAGUGUCGGGUUAAAAGUGUGCCGGAUCACGAGUGAGAGCUCAAUCCAGACGUGUUAGUGAAACUAAUAAUUACAGAGAGUGAACGCAGCUUUUUAACAGGGGCGAGGGUGCUGAGAGAAAGGCGUGUGUUUUCACGGUAAAGCGCCUCUAUACCCCAAUAAUGUUGGUUUGGAGAUUCUGCUCAGAUCCGCCAAUCCCCUUUGCUUCUUCCUUGCUCUUUCUCCCAACACCUUCUGCACUGGAUCUUGCGGAAUAGGAGGAUCGUUCAAACCACCCCGAGCCAAAGAGCUUAAUUGGGGAAGUUAAUGUUCCCAUUUAUUCCCAUCAAACCUGCCCUGGUAAAGGGGCAGAGCCGCAUGGUUAGUUCUCUGGGUUACUUCUCGACUUCAGUCCGGAGUACCCCCGCAGGAAAAAAGUUGGGGAUUGCAACCCAUCCUAAGCAAAACCACAACAACCCAUCACCCGCAUCCUGAACCUAAGAAGGUUUACCCGGGAGGACAGUCCCAUUGCUUUCAACCGGACAGGGGUGGGGAGGGCUCGCUUCCAAGUCAAAAAUAAAAUUAAAUAUCUGUAACACCGUGGGCGGAUGUAAGUGAAAAAGGCAGCUUCAAGGCUCCGAGCCUCCGCACACAUUUACUCGGGAGUAAAACCAUUGAACGGAACGGUGCUCCUUCUGGGUGUAAUUAGCAGCCUCGCCACCGUCCAACAACGUCGUGCAAAAGCCCACCAUUCUUCCCGUCUGCCUAGACAAGGGUAAGCCGCGCUCCCGGCAGGGUAGGACUUUGGGGGGGGGUAGAAGUGGAGCCCUCCUCUCAGCAAAUGAGCAGCAGGCUCCCCAAGAACAGCAGGAUUGGCUCCCCGUAUUUCCAAGUGAGGGAAGCAAAAGGCACGACCGGGCGGGGGAUCCCAAAGAAGGGCCUCUCCAUAAGACCUAAUUCUGCCCAGAGUCUAACCUGCCUUAACCUGGCUGCGAGGGGCUUCAGGGAACGUGCGCCUUUUCUCUCUCCUUGCCUUCUUCUGUAACCGAGCUCUCCUUGUUCCUGUGCCCGCAGAUUUGACUUCCUUAUUAACCACCAGCCGCCCAUCUGGGGUUCAUCUCCCCGCCUUACAGCCUCCGGCCGGCCAGUUCUUCGCGUCUCUAGAGCCCAUUAACGAGACCUCCGCGGUCCUGGGGCCUUUAAACACAACCCCAAGGAAUUCCGUUCAGCACCAGUUUCAAGACACUUUUCCAGGUACAGACGCACCCUUCUUUUAAACCCGCACCCAGCGCGCACGGGGCGACCCCCUUCUGCCCCAAGCCAUCCUUUCGCUCUGCUCUCCGACGAUCGCAUUCCCAGGAACGCGCGCGGUUUACUUGGGAGUAAGGGCCGUGGGAGUCAAUGGGACUUAUGGCCAAGCAAACCUGCAGAAGGCUCGAUUAGGCGCCAGAUCCUAACAACCGCGCCGUCCAAGCGCGCGUUCUUUAGGAUCGCGGUAGGGCGCCAUUGCGAGUUUUCGGUGGUGGCAGCGGUGGGCGGCUGUGAGUGCCCAGCUCCUAACCGUGUGUGUAGGAACGGUGUGGUAAGAGAGAGAGCCUUGAGGAUUGAGAGGGGGUGCUUGCGAGAAUUUGGCCCCCCUCGGCCUUGCCUAAAAGCAAUCCUAAAAGGCUAUUCAUACUUGGAAGAAAAGUUCCCAUGGGAUCCACGGGCUGCUUACACUGCAAAGAGAAGUAAGUGCUGUUUGGAAAGUCAUGAGUUUACAGGUAGCUCACCUUCAGGAAGAAUCGGGGAACGGGAGGGGAUCUUCAACAGACCUGAUCUCCAACACUAACGGUGCCUAAAAGUAAAAUAAAGGUCGAACUCAUGUGUAGGCUGAACUCAUAAAGUGGGCUGGGAGGCUGGGGUGAGUGCUUUGAAAUAAAUCGAGAGUACCCGUUAAGUGUUGUUUUGCAAAAAAAGGUGCAAUCUAUUGUUAGGAUAUUCCCUAAGAGACCCAUGGGUCUUUUAUUAGUGCCCGAAUCGUGAAGGUGUUGGGCUACCAGUGCGCCCCACUGAACGCGCUUCGCCCUUUGCUUCUUCGGCGCCCCGGCCCCUCAUUCAACACCUCUCUCUCUCUCUCUCUCUCUCUCUCUCUCUCUCUCUCCAUUCCUCCCUCCCUCCUUCGUUGGUGCCUUCCUUCCACCCUUCAGGGCCCUACGCGGUGCUCACCAAAGACACGCUGCCUCAGACCUACAAGCGGAAGCGCUCGUGGUCCCGAGCGGUUUUCUCCAAUCUCCAAAGGAAAGGCUUGGAGAAGCGCUUCGAAAUCCAGAAGUACGUCACCAAGCCGGACAGAAAGCAGCUGGCAGCCAUGCUGGGACUCACGGACGCGCAGGUAAGCGCUUGCGCGUAGCGCGGAUCCCUGGUUCGACGCGCCAGGGAAACAGAAAACGGGCAUCGCAAGGUUAGGAUCGGGUUAACCCAACAAUCAGUGAGAUGUAGUAUCAGUAAAAGUCUAGAUGAGAGGACAUUUCCCCUUUAUUUCAAGAGGGCAGGCCUUUAAUAAUCAUCAACACCAUCUUUAUGAUGUUUUACAAAUUCCAGAGAAAUAGGGGUGACACACACACACACGAGUCUUACGCCACUUUAAAAACUGUUUGAUUGUGGUAUAAGCUUUCUUGAACUAGAGAACCCACGUAGUGAAAUAAACGGGAAGCUCGUCCACUAAGGCUGCAAUCCAGGGCAUGUUUAGGAUUUCCCUGCAAAGCGUGCGCUCGAUCCAAGAGAAGUUCCUCUGAAGCCUUACAUCUUUCUUUGCCGAGUUUGUUUGCGUUUGCUUCUGCGUAAACCAAAGCGGAGGUUUCUCCCCCUCCCACCAUUGCAAUCUUGAGAGCUAGCCCCCUUUGCGUCCAGCCGCACUGUUGGUGGGGAAAUCAGCAAAGGAUCAGGCUGCGCGUUUGGGACGGCGGGGAUUAGACAACCGCGGGCAGGCGGAGAGAAGAGAGCCAUUGAGAUACUUGUGCUCCCCACCCCCCUCGCCUCGGGCUUAAUUUGUAAAGUAUUGCAGCGUUAAUAUGAGGUAUCUUCACAUUGCUUCGUGCUUAGUAAUGCAGUAAAUACAUGUCGAUUUGCUGAAGCGAGCAAAGAGGGGGAAAGGGACCAGAAGUUCACGCGAAGAUUUAUGUCCGUUACACCCGGAGUGUUUGUUUUGGCUGCGAGUGGGAAAAGCCAGCGAGGAAGGACGAAAUUGGCUGCGAAGGGAGAUGAGGAUUGGGGGCUUCGACUGUGAAGUGCAGCCGUGGAAGGAAACGCAACUAAAGAAGCGGAGAGGCCGUGUGAUAUUUCGGCCUUGUGAAAUGCUACUUUGGAGGCAAGCUGCUGACUGUUAGACAAGGUCGAGGUGUUUCUGGUAGGAGCGGUGGACUCGUAACCUGGUGAUCCGGUUGGAUUCCCUGCUCCUCCACAUGCAGCUGCUGGGUGACCUUGGGCUAGUCACACUUCUCUGAAGUCUCUCAGCCCCACUCACCUCACAGAGUGUUUGUUGUGGGGGAGGAAGGGAAAAGGAGAUUGUUAGCCGCUUUGAGACUCCUUCAGGUAGUGAUAAAGCGGGAUAUCAAAUCCAAACUCUUCUUCUUCUUCUCUUCUUAUGGGUGCAAAAUCUUGCAAGCCAAACACCUUUCUCCUUGAGAAACCAGUGUCUCUCCACCCUCAAAUGAGCUGUGGAACAGUCCAGCAGGACUCAAGGAUAUCCUCAAGGGAUUUUUCAAAGUACUUUUCCAGCCCCUUAUUUCAUUGUAAUGGAAAAUAUUCUAUAGGAUAUAUAGCAUCUAAGGCUAUAUGUUUGUGGUGUGUGUUUUUCGGAGUCUAGGGAAAUAUAUUGGAAUAUAUUUCUUCUGGAAUACACACAGAAUGUUAAGGUGUGCUGAGGAAUGUUUAUUUAUUCAUUCAUUUCUUUUACAUCCCGGCUUUUUCUCUAAGGAUUUGAAGGCGGAUUGCAUAGUAAUAAUAAUAACACAUAAUAAAUUUUUAUUUAUACCCUGCCCUCCCUGGCCAGGGCUGGGCUCAGGGCGGCCAACUCCAAACAUGAAUUACAAUAAAACGUAAUAGAAAACAAACAAACAAACAAAACAACAACAACAACAAACAGUUAAUUAAAAUAUGGCUUAAAAUACAGCUUAAAAUGCAGCCUCAUUUUAGUAGUAGCCCAUAAAUCAAGACCAUAAUGGGAGGAAACAUCAGAUAUUCACCUGAGCCAGCUAUCCAUGCUGGUCCUACUUGGGCCAGCAAAAAAGCCAAGGGAAAAUUUAUAUACCAAAUCCCAUAUAAGGGGUCAGAGUGAGUCAAAGUCAAAGGCCAGGCAGAACAGCUCCAUCUUACAGGCCCUGCAGAAAGAUGGCAAGUCCCGCAGGGCCCUAGUCUCUUGUGACAGAGCGUUCCACUAUGUCGGACCAGAGCUGAAAAGGCCCUGGCCCUAGCUGAAACCAAUCUAACUUCCUUGAAGCUUGGGACCUCCAAUGUGUUGUUAUUUAUGGACCUUAAGGUCCUCUGUGGGGCAUACCAGGAGAGGGGGUCCCGUAGGGUCCAUAGUUCUUAUUUAAUCCCCACAACAACCCUAAAGGUUAGGUUAGGCUGAGAGCGAGCGACAGGCCCAAGGUCACCCAGUGAGUUUAAGGGCUGAGUGGAGAUUUGAAACCUGGACACACUAACCAUUGUACCACAUGUACUAUUUUCAUUCAUGUUAACAUAAUUAUAUGCUGGACCCUACCUUUAAAAAGGAUCAGGUUACCAGUGUAUAAACUGGUCCCAAUCCAAUUAAAGUUAAUUUUCAGAAUUAAUUUUCAACCAAUCAAUACUUUAGAGUAAACAUAUACAGGAUUAUGCUUCAGGGUGCACCAAAAGUAACGGGAUAAAUUAGGUUACAACCCUAGUUACCUGAGAGUAAGCCCCAUUGAAUUCAAUAGGCUUUACUUCUGAGUAGACAUGGUUAGGAUUAAGCUCAUGACUAUAUUUUGUGGGAUGAGGGGGCAUAUAGGUAUAAUAAAGAAUACACUAUGGCUGCAGUGCUGUGCAUGUCCUACUGAACAUCAGAGUUUUGGCUUUCUAUACAGUGGGGCCCAAUCCAAUGCAGGAUUAGACUUCACCAUGUUGAAAACUGCAUAAUUGUGACCACUGAAAUUGAGAAAGGCAGUCAUCUAUAGCUGCUAAAUCUGUAUCUAUCAAAUAAAUACAUUAAUUAAAUAUAAAUAAAUCAAUAUUAUGUAACCUCUUGCACCUAAGAGAACAAGCACAAAUAAAGGAGACAUCUAGGACAUGAUCCAACCAAAAUCAUGCACACUCCAGCCCCUCUGAUUUCAGUGGGAGAGUUUAUAUAUGUUUACCAGUAUGAUCAUAUGCAUAUUAGCUCAGAAGUAAGCCCCAUUGAUUCCAAUGAGACUCACUCCCAGGAAAGUGUGUAUGGGAUUGCAGCAUAAAUUUCUCCUGGUUGAAAGCAGUGGGGUUUGAAAGAGCUUGCCUUGGUCUGUGCCCUUGGUUUCUAUAAGGAUAAUCCUACUGUCACUUGGGAAAGACACACAUACAUGAAAAAAUGCAGCCCCAAAUCGUCGGUGUUAACAUAUUUAUGUUCAAGUAGCGUUUGCCUAUGGAAUAUCAGAGAUCAGCCACAAAGCCAGCAACAUUGAUUUCAAAGUGCAGCUGGUCUGCUGUUGCCUUGCCACCCAAGCUAGUCUGGCUGCAGUGAAUCUGGGACUCCAGUAGAAAAUUGGCAAUAAUUUAUUCUAACCCUUAUGUGAGUUUCCAAGCUGAGCACUGUACUGUAGAGCCUGCUAAACAACUAAAUAUCAGUAAUGAAAAUACUUUUAGCUAAAGAAGAGAGAGAGGGGCAUGGGAUUGGAGGGAGCGGGGAAUAAGGGACUGUGGUGUUCUAUUGUGACAAUGUGGAAGGCCUAAUAAGCUAUACAGUAGACACAUUGAUUUCAAAAGAUCACUUCCUCAAUGAUAUUUGCCUGGAUAAUGCAGAGAUAGCAACUGCCAUCCACAUAAUAUACACUGAGUUGUUUAUUCAACAUUUAGAUCUAUUCCAAGUACAUCCAUUGAAAUCAACUCACUUAGGCUCAUUGAUUCCAUUGAGUUUGCUCUGAGUAUAUCUGAGUUGGAAGUAUAUCUUUGUUCCAGCAGACUGGCUUUCUUUUCCUUUUCCUUUUUAAUUGAAGUGUAUCCAUUCAAUAUACUCAACCCCAAGAGAGAACUACAAAGGACUCUGGUGGCAGGGAAGAAAAACCUCAAUGGGGAUUUUGUGGCUAGUUGCCAGGAAAACACCUCUUCUAGAUUAAUACAGGAAUCCUAGGCAUAUUAUCAUUUGAGUGCAGGUCCCAUCGAUUUCAACAGAAUACCCAAGUGGGCUUAGGGAGGAGAAUAAUAAGUAAAGAGUAAACAUCUUUGGACUGCAAUUGUGUGUGUACUUGCCUAGCAGUUCCACUGAAAUCUUUAGGGCUUACUUCUGAGUAAACAGUAGGAUUGGGACUGCUACUCACCCACUUUGGAAGAACAAUUCUAGGUUUUGCUAUAGCCUCUCUAUGUUGUAUAUUAAACAUUAUGUUCAAUUUUCAUGGGAGCCUAUUAUGAAAAAUCAAGACGACAACUGCAUUUACGGUCGUUUGUUUCCCUUAUUUCAAUUUUUUUUUUUUUACAUAACUGUUUUAAUUUAAGGUAAUUAUUUUAAAAGAUCGAAAUAAGAGAGGCCAGAGUAAUAAUAAGUCUUUGUCUUUUGAACAUACUUCCUAUCUUCUCUCAUUUUUGUUCAAAAACUGGAAACGAGUGUUUUUCUUAUUAAAUUCAGAUCUGCUCAUUUCUGCUUAAGCUUGGGCUUGUGGGCCACUCUUUUCCAGAUCUACUCAGCACAAUGGGAUCAAGUGCCCAUGAUUCCUGUGAUGGCAAAAAUUAUUGGAGUAGGGAAUAGAGGGGGUACUAUAAUACAGCUAAGUUGUGGACGGAGAAAAUAUUUUCUCUAUGCUCAUAAAACCUUCUAAUAAAAAAUAAAGGAAAACUCGCACAAUAUUUCACAUGUUCAGAAUUGAACCCUGAAAUUUAUUUAUUUUCCUAUGCCCAUGAAGACUAGAAUGUUUUACUCUUUUAAAACAUGAAUUCCUUAUUUUUAUAUCUCUGGGCCAGGGGUACAAGAACAUGGGCUGGAGGUUAGUGGUGCCCUGGAACUUGGGAGAGGGAGAAUUGCAGUCUAGCCUCAGGUCCCCGAUCUGAUGCCCUGUGUGUCUCUGCUCUGUGGUUCACUUGCAGGUGAAAGUCUGGUUCCAGAACAGGCGCAUGAAGUGGAGGCACUCCAAGGAGGCGCAGGCGCAGAAGGACAAAGAGAAGGAGCCAGAAGAGAAGCCAGCAGGGGGUGCUGCGCCGACAGUCGAGGGAGAGGUGGAGCGCAGCCCUAGCCGCUCAGAAGGCGAGAGCGAAAGCAGCGAGGCCGAAUCCCUGGAUCUGGAGCCCGGCAGCGAUGCAGAACGGACUGAGGCGGGGGCCGACCCCGAGCAGGCCCUGCAACGGCACAGCCCCGAGCUGCAACACCCGGCCGGAUCGGAGACUGCAGUUCACCCUGAGCCGCCUUUGGCUCCCACAGGCCUGGACCAAGGCAGAGAACCUCUAAGGCGCCUGGAGCCUUCUUUUUGCCUACGGGACUCCCCAUGACUGCCUCUCAGAGAACCAGCUAUCUGUUUGGGAAGCUGCCAAAAGCCGAGUGAUCGCCCUGCUUGGGAAAUAGUAGCACCCCCUAACUGCAGGUGGGUGUGGGGUACAAUAACCCCUAGGAAAUAUGUUAUUUUUUUAUGAGGUAAACUACCUCUGAACUGCCAGAUUUGGGGUACUAACCUCUGCUGCAGGUGGGAAGAUCAGAGGUUUCUCGAACUAUGUAGGGCAUCAGCCCACAGCAGUGAGUGGGCUGUGGGGAGAGGGCAGUCCUGCUCAGCCUCAGGAUCUAAUAGGAAGUAAACUCACAGAAGUAGCUCAGGGGAGACCUUUCCCAUCUUUGCUGGCAGAGGAGCCUUCCCGGGUCCAGGAAAUCACAGAGACCAUGUCUUCUUCUUUGUCCUUCUCUAACUCCCCCACCUGCCAACCCUCAUUCACAAUGUGAAGUAUUUCACCAACCCCAACCCCUUGCCAAAAUGUGUUGCUUUGUGUAAUCUGGCCAAGAAAUACUGCACUGAAAAAAAAGAACAGAAAAGUAGACUGUAAAUAAAUUGUUUGUUUAAUUUGUGAUGUCUGGUUUUGUUACUAGAUAGAACAGCCUAGUUGGGCUGAUCCACAACUGGGACACAAUUAAGACCUUUAGAGGCUCCAAAUUAUCUUCUGUACCA